AUGCUGCUCUUAGGGAAGAAAAGUAUUAAGAACACUGAACCUAUAUCCCCUGUUCCUGAAUCCGCAGGAGCGAGCAGCACUCCAAACAGCGCAGCAAACUCUAUACAAAGCGACAAUCACUUCGUCAAACCAGACGUCCCGCGACGUGCUGAAACUAUGGACCCCCCAAGAGCUCAGGGCUUGAUGCUCCCUCGUCCAUCUCCGUCCGUUCCACUGGCAGAGGUUACACGGGACAUAGAUGUUGAAGCGACGGUCGUCAGGCCCGUGUCACCGCAGCGCAACCACAGCCAAAAUGAAGUGACAACGACGAAGACAAUUACAACCUCUGCCCCCAAUGUAAAGACGUUCACCACCACUUCCACAAGCCGAUCGCGGCGAGUGGUGGAGAACGGUUCGGUCGUGCUACAAAGGGCGCCUCAACAUCCCAGGCGACCUGAGCCUGUCGCUGGUGAUAAGGUUAAGAUCACCAACUUCACUCUGAAGUGGUAUCUCCAAUACAUCUCAGAUGAACGCCUCAUCAGAAUGCCCGACAGAGACAACGCCUGGGAUCGAGUUCUCAAUGCGGCCCAAUACUUUGGACUUCACAUUGCUCAAUUCGGAGACACGGUGGAUGCUUUCACGAAUGGAGAAACGCUCGAUUCGUCUUUCGAUGAUGCAGAGACCAUUGGCUCCAUUGAUGGAUUUACUGAGCACAACAAUACCUUUUUCAACGGGGAAGGCGUCGACGCCUUUUUCAAUGGAAAAAAGAAUACUGUCUCGAUCAACAAAGCAAGAGACUUAGUUUCAGCAGCUCUUGCUUCAUCUCAUGCAUUACUUGAGAUCGGUCACGCCCAAGCUCAAGCACUUUUACCAACCUUUAAGGCGUUGUAUGAAUUUGCCGUGCUUCUCACGGAUAUAACCCGAAUUCACAAUCUUCAAACGCCGUCAGAGGCAAUUCGCUACGAUGCUACCAAGACAUUCAAUACCUUGGUUGCCCUUCUUGGCAACAUCGCAGCAGUGUAUCGACAGAAAAUCAGUGAUCUGAAGCCUGGAUCGCAGGCACACAUCAACUUCGACGCUAGUUUUGGUGCACAGAUUCGUGAGAUUUGGCAAUCCAAAGAGGCGCUUUCUGACGCCAUUUGGAAGCAUAAGCUCCAAGAGGCAGAUCUCACAUUUACUGCGAAGCAACUCCGCUGGAAGCUUCAGUACCCAUACAACUACUCUGCUGUUAACAGGAUCUACGAAAAAGUAGACGAUUACCACACUCCACCAUCCAAAACGUGUUACUGGUUGAAAGAGGUCCUCUCGGAAUUCUUCAGCGGAGAAGAGAAGUUACUCUGCUUGACAGGCGAGAACUCGAGCGGUAAAACCUUCCUGUCCAGAUGGGUGGAGGAGAGACUUGCUCGACCAUUCAAUGUCAAAUCAUAUCACGUUCUUCGAUACACAUUUCCCCACCUCACAGCAUUUGACUCACCUGACAGAGCAACCCCUGGCGCGUUUUUUAAGAGCAUUCUAUUCACUCUUCUUGAACAAAACAUCAGCAAUGUCGAAGUGUACAAAGCUAUAGCGCAAGCCUUUCAGCAUCAUUCCGCUCGAAAGGACUCUGAACCUACAGAGGCAGUGCUCUGGAAAGCUUUGAAUAUUUGUCUUGGGGCUAUUCGUAUUCAACAAGCGUCCAUGGUCAUUGUUUUAGAUGACUGCGAUGAAAUCGUUGGAAUCCACGAGGAUUUCUACGCCAAGCUCCAAGAAUGCAUUACUGGGCUUCCUGUACAAGUUGUCGCCUUUUGUCGCUCAAUUCCUGAUCCCGUUCAGGUUUACGCCCGUCAAAUAGAAAUUUCCAAAGUUCGCGAAGAUAUCCGGGCUUAUAUUCGUGACAGUCUCUCUCGAUCUCGUUAUUUCCGCCAUUUGAGUCGACAAGAGUCUGAUAAUGUCCUCAAAAGCAUGACGAUCAAAGCCGGUGGUGAUUGGCUUUGGGCAUUUUACGCUGUUCAGCUUAUAUCCAAAGAAAAGUCAAAGGCUACUAUUAUUCAAUCAAGUCAUGAGUUAGGUCCAAAGACUUCGGAUGUGCUUCUCAAGGUUCUUGAGUCGCUUGAGCUCGCAAAGAAUCACGAUUUGAAAAAUCUUCUAUCCAUAAUGCUAGUGGCCGCUAGGCCACUAUCUGUGGUAGAGAUGGAGAAGCUUCUCUCAAUUGACCUUCAAAGACAGGCCAUGUCUGUCGGCCCCGAUGUCGCCGGCCUUGUCUCCAAAUUCCUCUGCGAUCUGGUCAUAAUUAGAGAUGGUCACUUGCAUUUCCGCACUAAAGAGGUUCGAUCAUUCGUGAAAGAACAGCUCACUGCGAUGUUGCUACUGUCUGAGCAGACAGCACAGAAACAGCUGACGUUAUUAAUGCUACUUUACGUCAAGUUUUCACUGAAGGAGGCUGGAGACAUUUCUUCCGACGUCUUAGACUACAGUUUUGUUCUCUCUUUGUUUUCAGCAGAUUCCCUUCUCGGGUACGUUGUGCAGAAUUGGGUCGAGCAUUUCCAAGCAUCGGGGUUCACUGGACUCGAAGUAUCGGAAGUAUUCCCCAAGUCCAUCACAUUCGCCCUUCUUGAAAGAACUUGCUGGGCUAGAGUAUAUACGAAAGAGCAACUUGUGGCCAGCCAUAAGAUUGCUUUCCAAAUUCGACAAGAUUGUUUCGCGGACCGAGAACCCGUGGUUGUUCACAACCUCGUUACUCUUGGAUACAUCUACCUCAACAAUCUCGGAUUAAAGACUGACGCUUCGUUCUACUUUUACGAAGCAGCUAUUCUUGGGAAACAAAUUUUGUCCGAUACUUCCACGAUUGUCAAGACAUGCAUGGAGACUUUCUUUGAUUGUGUUACCGGGAUCGAGAUCAACGACACGACUGAGAUUUUCACGACUCAUAAUAGCCAUCAAAUCGACAUCAUCACUUGGUAUGAGAGGAUGCUUCGGCUUGCCAUCGAAAUCGACGCACGGAAGUACGGUGGUCAUAGUGAUGAAGUGAUCUCCUGGUACCAGAAGCUCGCCAAAUUCUAUGCUGAUAUCAAGAGAGAAGAGGAAGCUAUGGGUGCUUAUCAAGAGAUACGUAUCAUUUUGACCGCGAGAGAGGGCAAGGAAUCACAUCGAGUGAAGCAAAUGAACGCUUAUUUUGCCACUCUGAACAUUGUUCUUAAUGGUGCGCCAAGUGACAAAGUCGGCGAACUUGAAGAGAUGAUCUUCGAAACCAGUCAAAACAUAGAAAUCACUGAUCUCCGGUGUGUCGAGCUAUGGAUGAGACUCGCACAUACAUAUGAAAGCUGCGAAAAUCCCGAACAUCGCUCUCACGCCGAAAGGUUAUACGUCAACCUUUGGCAGCGCAUAACUGCCGACCAUGCUCCAGCAACGAUGGUUGAUAUUCAUUUGAUCAGGAUCGAUAUUGCUCUCGAAUACGCCAGAUUCCUCAGCCGACACAACCGCAUUCAAGAAGCAUGCAGCAUUCUUAUUUGCCUUUGGGCAGAGUACCAAAAGUUCACCCUCCAGUCUGAGAGAAUUAUGAUUCGCAUCAGGGAGGUGGCAGAAGAGUGUAGAAAGGCUGGCUUAUCGAGCAUUGCUGUCUCCAUGUUGACCAAGGUAUUGGAGUCGUUCAGCACCUACGGAUCCAGCGAAGAAGUCGAGAAGACUGUGCUGCUUAUGAACAGAGUCGUGGAAGAAAUUAGUGAUACUACUGUCACUAAAAAGAACACGCCAGAGAGAGUUGUUACAGAAGAGACAGAAAGUGUGGUGAAGAAGCUGUUUGAGCGUCUUGUCGAUGAAUACGAACAUGGUCAGACUGAUACAUCACUGUUCUCGGCAGCCAGAGCGUUGAUAAGCCUCUAUAAUCAACAAAACAACUGGCGUGAAGCUGAAGCCGCCCUUAAAAAGACUCUACAGCUAACUUGGAAAGAGAUAUUGACUGAUAGCUCCAACAUCAGGCUUGCUGAGCACUCAAUCGAAGAAUGCAUAGCUGUGGCACGCCGUCUGGCAGAUUGCUAUUCCGCUCAAAAGCUGUUUGAGAUGGCUGAGAGGAUACACCUACAAAUCUUUUACGCUUGCAUUUCUGUUAAACUCGGAGACAAUCUUGGCACUGAAGAGAAUCCUCUUACUGGGGCCCAUCUUCUUACGGAAGCCAUCGCUAUCCUGGUCACAUUCUACGAAGAACAUCAUCGCCAUAGGGAGGUCAUUGAUAUCUAUUCGCAUAUCUUGGCAAAAUACGAGCGGGAGUUGGGCGAAAAGCAUGAAACAACCAUCGAGACGCUGUAUUUUAUAGCGGAUUAUCACGAGACACUCGGCCUCGAAACCGCCUAUAACUAUUACGCGAAAAUAGUCACUCUGCUAAAUGAGGGUGCCGAUUACUGUCACCCUGAUGCCAUCAAGGCCGCUUUGGCUCUUUCCAUACACUAUGACGCUCGUCGGCUUUGGGAUAGGCUUCAGGCAAUCUGUACCGUAUUGUGGGAGACUAUUCUGCGUCUCCGUGGACAGCGAAAUUCUCAAGGGGAGCGUAAAGUUUCUGGUAAAGAUGUCGCCUCCAUCUAUCAGAAGUAUUCGCAUGUCUUGGAUUUCCACGGUAAUGAAGAUUUCUCGAAGCUAUAUGACAUCGCUGUUGAGUACAAAGACAUCAUCAGCGAAUACUAUUCCGAUAAUCCGGAAUUGGUCAUCAAUGCGCUGAUUACUUUGGCGAAGAUAUGCGAAACACACGAUGAGCAUCACGAAGAGUCCAUCGAGAGCUAUGAGCAAGUGCUCGACACGCUGAAGACAAUAGAGACUACUGACACUGAUAUCGAUGACACAACGGUUGAGACUGUCAAGAAACGCCUAUCACGGAUGUAUGUCACCAUUGUCAAAGGCUCUCAGAAAAAGAGGUUUUCACUCGAGCGCGCCAUUGAAAUCUCACUCGAGACGUAUCAUCAGUAUAAGGCUGCAUUUGAUGAAUACCCUGAGCAAACGAUGCAUCAACUCGACUGCGUCAUCUUGCUGUAUCAACAGAUCAAUACAGAGGAAUCCAGAGAGCUCACGCGACAGCUUCUAGUAGAGUCGGCUCAGUACAUCAUCACCGCCGCUGCCGUUAAUUUAACACUCUUCCAUGCCGCUACCUCGUUAGCUGCCCUCUUCGUCAAUGCCGACUUGAUACAGAGUGGCAAGGAUCUUCUCGAAGAAAUUCGCAAAACGGUCAUAUACGGAGAAAGUUUUUCCAAGAGUGGUAUCCGUGUGGAAAUGAACUCUCAGACGAGGAAGGCCGUCUUCAUUUUCUUGAUCGCAUUCGGGCACGGUCUUGACCAGCACGCCGAAUAUCUCUCUUACUCCAAGGUGAUGGCUGAGAUUGUUCUAGAGUCCCUGCUAUAUGAAGAGUACUCGAGUAAAAGCGAUGAGGAGGCCGCUGUAGAGGUUAUUCUACAAUACGGCGCGCGCCUUCGUCGUUUCUGGCAGUCUUACCAACGCGAAGAGUUUAUCAGGACUCUUGAUGAUGACCUUAUUGAACGCUUCAAGGCUGCGUAUUCCCAAUACUUUGAGAUAAACUGCAACAAGGGGGUCAAGGAAGAGUUCUACUACAGCUUGAUGGAUGAGCUCGGCAAAGAUCGACCUGCAAUUAAUAUUGACUUUGAUACUAUAUUGCUAGAAGUUGGCAAUAGUCACGUCCAAAGGCUCUUGGAGAGUGGAAGCUUCGAUAACGCUAGUCAAGUUGGCCGAUUCUUGAUGAGGCUCUCCGUAGACAGGAGGCUUUAUCAUGAUCGUCGCCGCAUCCGCUACGGAUACAUACUGGCCCAAUACCUGGUUGGAAUUGGGGCACCUCGCCCUGAUUACCCGAAUGACACUUACGGAAUGGCCAUGGUGGAAACUUCGCAGUCCAUCAUGCAUGACGUGAUUAAUGCGUUCGACACACUGGAGAUAGACUUUGAAACACUUCGUGCCGAGGACUUGGUUGGCCUCAUCAAUCUGCUGCACGCUCAAAGCAACCAUGAACAGCUUGAGCGCGUAUUAUCUCGUCUGUGGGAUUCUCGAGGAGACGUCCGGUCGACAUUCGGCUCGGAUACUCAAAAGAUUAUCGAAAUUGGGACAUUCUUGGUCCACGUGCAGUGCGCUCUGAAGUUUUACGCAGACGCAAUUCGUACCGCCGAGCAGCUGUACUAUAACUUGCAGCGCGCCCGCGGACGACUUCACAAGGACACGUUGGAGGUAUCACGACUUUUGGCAAGCAUUUACGCUACAAUGGCGUCGAAUGUAGACGAAGAAUAUGUGGAAGAGGAUUAUUUCUCCUACGCCAUGGAUGUCCACCACAACAUCAUGCGAGAGAUUAACUCGCCGUCUGACGUGGUGUACAACGGCUAUACGCGUCGCGACGAUGAUCACGAGUUCCUCAAGGAGCAAGCUUGGAUUCACUCAUCACUACUGAACAAUAUACGAUCGCAGCUCAAUGAAUCUCAACACAAAUACUGGACCAAACGAGAAAAGGAGGUUCGGACGAUUUAUGAAAGUUUGACGCGCGAUUUCAAGCUCGGCGACAAUAUUCAAGACUCCAACCAACUGCCAUCAUGGAAAUAUGCUCCGCCCAAGGCAUGGAAAUUUAAUGAGAUGGAAUGGGGAGGCGUUGCAAAUGGUUUCAACGCGGAGAAUGAUAUUUUAGAGACGGCUCAGAGAGAGUGGGUGUUGCAGAGUCACAUUUUCGUCUGA